GCUCCUCGCUUCCGCAAACACAAUGAUCGUUUUAAUGCUGUUGGCUGCACUUCUUUGGGGUGUGACGAAUCCUCUCCUAAAACACUACAGCAAAGGCAUGACGAGUAGCGGAUCUGCGAGAGAUGACCUUGUCUUCUUUCUUCGCCGUCCUAAGUAUUUGGUGACGCAAGCUGUCAAUCUAAGCGGGUCCGUAGCGUUUUUCUGUUCACUUCGCGAGGUAGACGUCUCUGUAGGUUCCAUAGUAGUGAACUCGCUGGCUUUUGUGAUAACCGUCCUCAUGAGUGUUUUCGUGUUGCGCGAAGGCCCUCUGCGCCCGCGCACUGCUGCUGGCUGUCUCUUGGUACUGGUCGGCACAGCUCUCUGUACACAUUCGAGUUCGCAUUAAACUGUUGUAUGCAAGGCUCAUCUUCAAUGUACGCAAAAUAAUGACGCAAAAAGAGUUGAAUACUGUUGCGAUGGGCAUGCUUUUCAAAAAGAAAAAAAGCUGGCAACACUUGGAAUAUCCAGAAUAACAUCCUUUGUUUGAUUCAGAAUUUCUCACGGCGACCACUAGGUGCUAGUCGACAAUUCCACCAGUUUUGCAGUUGGCUCUCUCCUUUUUCUGUGCAUUUUUCAGCAAGUUUUCUCUUUGUCUUCUCCACCUCUUUCGCCCUCUGCGUAAAUGUUAUGAAGCUUACGCAUCCAGACGCUUCCAUCUUUAAACACCGUUCCAGUUUUCUUUUUCCACCAGCGGUUUUCUUUUCCUUUGCAAUGAAAUCUCUCUUCGUUUUUGUGCAGGCUGUGCUGCUGCUGUGCCUCCCCGCCGUGGUACUUGGAGCUCCAGAUUUAAAGCUCGUCAUGGUUCAGUUGCUCCAUCGGCACGGUGCGCGCACAGCAGAGGCAUCGUACAACAAGACGCAGAUCUGCGGCGACACACCGUGCGGUUAUAUGACAUGGCCUGGUUUUAAAAUGCUUAACAAUACCGCUAGUUUCCUGCGCAACCGGUACAACACUGACCCAACUGUGGUGACAGAGCCAAUGUUCCCUUCCCUGGAUUAUGAUCUGGACGUUGCCUACAGCCGAUCAACGGACGUACUGCGCACCUUGCAGAGCGCAGAGUCGUUCCUACGUGGAUUCUUUCCCAACCUGACGUCGCUCUACCCUGCAAUCCACACCAUGCCCGAGAACGACGACUACCUGCUCUACACCAACUACGCCCCGCAAUACAAAUUCUAUUACAAUCUCGACUACAAGGGUCUUUUGGCGGUGUGUAAUCCUGCCACGGACAAGAACUUCCCCGACUUCAAAACGCUCACUGAUAUUGGCAAAGAGGUUUACAGUGAAGGGUAUUGCAACACGUUCGAGGCGCGCUGCAACUGCGCUUUUUCAUUGUUCGACAUCGCCAUGCAAAUGGAGGCACUCGGAGAGAUGGACAACUAUCCUCUUCUGAAGGCCAACCGAGACGGGCUGGCCGAUAUUGCGCGCACACACUACAGCCGCCAGUACGCGUAUAAUCGCACCAACACGCGGUGCCUGAUGCAAGGCAGUGCUGGUCAGCCCAUCUUGCAGGAGUUCGUCACCAACAUCAACACCGCCAUCACCGCGAAGCUGGCAGGCACGACAACGUAUAAACUGUUCCACUACAGCGCGCAUGACACCACUCUUUCACGCAUUGCGUGCUCGCUGCAGGACAAAGCCGAUGAUGGACUGCUGCCGCCCUUCUCGCAGGUUCUGGUGCUGGAGCUGCUGGAGAAUGAGACGGACAAGACAUUCUACGUGCGCGUGCUGCGCGGCCACCCCGGGCAGUCGCCCGACACGGAAUUUAAGUUCGACUGGGAGAAGGACUGGAGUCUGACGUGCAUGGACGCGUGGCAGACUGCGUACCCCGCGAAGGACAACACGUGCCCUGUUGCCGACUUUGCGAGGUUUGUGCAGUGGAGCGCUGCGCCGGCGACGUCGAAGGGGUACUGCUACCUGGACGAGAAGUACCAGGAGCUGAUGGCCUGCCCCAAGGGUGGGAUCCACGCCGGAGAUGCGUACCAGCCGCUGUCCUCCGCGUGCCAGUACUACCGCAAUCGCUGCCCUGCGUACUCGUGCGAGGAGGGGUAUUUGCUGAACAGCGUCUCGCAGCAGUGCGUGUGUGUGUCGUCGUCGUGCAGCGCACAGGCCCCAGGGACCGGUGAGUUGGCGGCCCGCUUCGCCGACGAGGACGACGAGGACGACGAUGAGACGACGUUGCUGCAGACCUCCGGAAUGACGAGCGCUUCUGUUGCGGCUGUCGCGCUUGGGUCUUUGUGUGUGGGGGUCCUGGUGGCUGCGUUCAUCACGAGCGCUGUGUGCCUGUGCAGCCGGCGUCCUCGGUACGCGCAGGUAGAGCAUGCCUAA